UUGGCUGAGCUGAAGCAAUACGAACAGGGUCGGCAGGCAGCUCCGAGCAGUAGUCGCGGCAGUUUGUCGGCUUGAGGGGCUCCAGGAGUCUGGGCGGGGAAGAUGGCGUCUCGGGCAGGCCCGCGAGCGGCCGGCACUGACGGCAGCGACUUUCAGCAUCGGGAGCGCGUCGCCGUGCACUACCAGAUGAGUGUGACCCUCAAGUAUGAAAUCAAGAAGCUGAUCUACGUGCAUCUGGUCUUAUGGCUGCUGCUGGUUGCCAAGAUGAGCGUGGGACACUUGAGGCUCUUGUCUCAUGAUCAGGUGGCCAUGCCCUAUCAGUGGGAGUACCCCUAUUUGCUAAGCAUUGUACCCUCCCUCCUGGGCCUCCUCUCCUUCCCCCGCAACAACAUUAGCUACCUGGUGCUCUCCAUGAUCAGCAUGGGGCUCUUCUCCAUCGCUCCCCUCAUUUAUGGCAGCAUGGAGAUGUUCCCUGCUGCACAGCAGCUCUACCGCCAUGGCAAGGCCUACCGCUUCCUCUUUGGUUUUUCUGCCGUCUCCGUCAUGUAUCUGGUGUUGGUGCUGGCGGUCCAAGUGCACGCCUGGCAGUUAUACUACAGCAAGAAGCUCCUAGACUCUUGGUUCACGAGCACACAGGAGAAGAAGCGUAAAUGAAGCCUGCUUGAUGGACUGCUGUGUGAGGUGACGCCUGGGCCUCUUACCCAGUGAACUGAGAGGGUAAAGGAGUUGCUCUAAAAUCUCCUUUGGUGAUUUUGGCAGCUGCAAUGUUGGCGACUAGUGCAAACGAAGCCUGAAUUCUGCAGAGCCCCUUCUGUUACCAUCAGCUGGUGGUGGAACUGUUUAAUUUAUUCCUGAUUGGUGGAACUGGGUGAUCAACAGCUGUGAAACAAACUUUGGCUGGUUGAAGUUGAGGUCCUUCUGAGUUUUUCAUCCUGACGUCUUGGUCAUUCUCUCCACUUCCAUCCAUCACCCCUUCCCAUCAAAACUGAAGGAGAUGGGAAAUCAGUCAAAUUCUCCUUCAAUCAGUAGGUCGUGGAGCAAGAAACAUCUGGGACGCUGCUCCCCCUGUAGGCGUUGGUCUCUACUGUGAAACCUUUUAAUUAAAAAGAACCUCAAUAAAGUUACAACUGCCUAGU